CUCAACGGCGUCGUGACUCCAAAUCCUGGCUUUAUUCCAUAUCCGCCGAGUCUCUUGGCUACAAUGGCCGCUCAAGCUCCGACGUCCCUCCCCGCGGUGCCGCCGCUGAUGGCCGCUUUGUCGUCGGCCGCCGAAAGUCCUACGCUGUUGAACCGUCCCGGGAUCGUGUCAACACCUCCCAGCACGAAGCAGGCAGCCGCAGCGGCGCAUAUGCUCUCACACCAGAUACAUCAGCAGCAGCAGCAACAACAGCAACAACAACAAGUACAACGAAAUAACCCCACCCCAAAGUCAGACAGUUCAACUGCCUCCGUACCGCCUGUCGCUUCCACCGCUGAACCCGUCACGUCACAGUAA